AUGCUUGAGAGAACAAGAAAAGCCAAUGCCUUGGCUAGUUUACUAUACGGAUUGCUUAUCACCUGGAUCCUCUUGUUCUACUGCAUCGAUCUCACUGCCUACCUUUCUGUAGAAGUGGUUGCAACUUAUGAUUCUAGAACCUUCAGUAGCAUGGAAUAUGUCCUGGUGGAAAAUGAGUGGUGCAGGAAAGAAUCUGGCCAUGCAAAAGUCGAGCCUCCAAAGAUGGGCUUGGCUAAGGAGGAAAAUAAAAGAUUUUGGGAGGUUUUCGACGAGGUAGUGAGAGGUAUGCCUAGUUUUGAGAAGAUCUUCAUUAGAGGGGACUUCAAUGGGCACAUCGGGUCAUUAGCGAGAGGUUAUGACAAUGUGUAUGGAGGAUUUAGUUUCAGGGAUAGGAAUGAAGAGAGUGCUGCUUUUCUAGACUUUACGAGGGCGUUUGGGUUGGUGGUAGUGAAUUUGAACUUUCUGAAAAAGGAGGAACACCUGAUUACCUUUCUAAGUGCGGUUUCCAAAACUUAG